GCCCAGAGCGCCGGCGCGCUCUCCCUCGCCGCCUCCUAUCCCUGCGGCAGCGGCGCCCCGGGCCGUGCCGGGACCACUGUGCGCGUGCGCAGGAGCGCUGGGCCGCGGCGACGGCGUGGUGCGUCAUCUGGGUGCGACGCCCCGAGGGACCGUGCGGGGUUUGGCUGGCUGGAAGGUGCGGCGGCGAGACCGGGCGGGAAGAUGCCAGUGGCGGUGAUGGCAGAAAGCGCCUUCAGCUUCAAAAAGCUACUGGAUCAGUGCGAGAACCAGGAGCUCGAGGCUCCUGGAGGAAUCGCGACGCCCCCGGUGUACGGCCAGCUGCUGGCUUUGUAUCUGCUGCAUAACGACAUGAAUAACGCGAGAUACCUCUGGAAGAGAAUACCGCCUGCCAUAAAGUCCGCGAACUCUGAGCUCGGGGGGAUCUGGUCGGUGGGACAGAGGAUCUGGCAGAGGGACUUCCCCGGGAUCUACACGACCAUCAGCGCUCACCAGUGGUCCGAGACGGUGCAGCCCAUCAUGGAGGCACUGAGAGACGCAACAAGGAGGCGAGCCUUCGCCCUGGUCUCCCAGGCGUACACCUCGAUAAUCGCGGACGACUUCGCCGCCUUCGUGGGGCUUCCCGUGGAAGAGGCCGUGAAAGGUAUCUUGGAGCAAGGAUGGCAAGCUGACUCCACCACGAGGAUGGUGUUGCCCAGGAAGCCAGUUGCAGGAGCCCCAGAUGUUUCCUUUAACAGAUUUAUUCCCUUAUCAGAGCCCGCCCCAGUGCCUCCGAUUCCUAACGAGCAGCAGCUAGCCAGACUGACCGAUUAUGUGGCUUUCCUGGAGAACUGAUUGAUCCCAGAGUUCAAGAUCCACCUUCAGAAUCUUGUCCAUUGACGCGUAGAGAAGCAUAAAAUUUUUUUUCCAAUUUAUUGGCUGGAUUAAGCACCUCAGCAUUCCUGAGUAUGUGAUAAAAUACAUGUGUAAUAUAAAGUGUAUUAUAUAUACUUUGAACUCAAACAUACUGAAAGUUCAUUGAAAUAAUUCUCAUCAUUUAAGAUUGAGCAGUUUGGAUGGAGCCUGUCAGUAUUAUGCAAUUUCUAUUUCCUGGUGACUCAAAAUGAGCUUUUUGCUUCAUGUAGAACAGUGGUUGUCAGCGGUCUUUGCGCUGCCCCCGCACAGGCCGCACUCCCAUCUGUACUGUUGGCUGAUGGCCGCCGUGACUGGCUGAGGUUUGAGGAGGACGGUCCCCACGGGCCACCCCGCAUUGCUGGGGACUGUGACUCAUCCUCAUUGCAGAAUACGCUCUCUUCUCCCCGGCCCCUGAGAAUCACUAAUGCGGAUACAGAAAAAUAGCCACGGGACAAAUAAACCAUUUCCAUGGUAAACCAAGUCAGUAACAUGGAGUUUUUUCCAAUAGUGUGAGUAAAACCCUUGCUGGCAGUAGAGGCGUCCUGGGGCGUACGGAGCUGUCAGGCCUCCUUCAGAAGAAGGGACAGUGUGGAGUGCUCGCUGGGGAUUGAAGCUCCUUAGAGAAGCCAGGCACUCAGGACCACUGUCCUGCCACCUCUUGGCUGUGUGCUCAGUCCUUGGUUCAGGUUCUGUGUGGAGAAUCCCUGGACACACCUGCUUCUCGGGGCAUAGCCAUCUGCGUGUGUGAAGCUGUUUAUUGUAUCUUCAGGUUGAAACACCCCUUAGUUCAAUUACUCUGCGUUUGUUCAAUAAAUACUUAAUUUAAUUCUUUAACUGCCAUCUACGAUAGUUUCUGAAAAUAUUACUAUUUGAGCACUCUCUAGUGUGGACAAAUUUUAGCGUCAUUGUCUCAAGAUAUGAGCUUCAGUUGUGUAUCUCUGUGGUGUUCACCUAACUUAUGUUAUUACUCAUUUUAAAUAUUUUGACUCAAUUUUUCGUAACAGAUAUGGAAAUCCCUUUUAAAUUGUAAUUGAUCACCAAGUCAUGUUGUUAAGACUCCCUGACAGUUGCGGGAGCAGUAAUUCAAGAAUCAGAGGAUCCAUAAUGCGUUAGUGAUGAACCCGUUUUUAACUCCCAGGUGUUAAAUACAGAUUGUAUCUGUGGGUGCUGUUUUGGAACCAGCCCACGUGUUUGCUAGCAGGAUGGGUUGAAUAAACAACCCAGCAGACUGCAAAGGAGCGCAGGUGACGUCGGCUGCAGAGUGGAAGCAGAGAGCAAAAUGUGCUGCACCGCAGGGUGGCAGAGGGCAGCGGUUAACAGUCGUGAGAACAGAUGAGCGGCUUCUACUUCUAGAAGAAGUCUUGAAGGAUGAACCAAAAGUGAAUAAAAACAGUUCUGUAAAGAGGGAGAAGAUGGCAAGCUGCUGUGUAAGAGAGAGUUGUUGUCUCGAGGGAUCCUGACCCUGUGUUCUGCAUUAUCCGCAAGAGACACACUGAGGGCACACAGAGACUACGGUGUGAUUUCACGGUGUAAUCUCACAGAACAGUCUAUGUCCUUGUCAUCAAUAAAAGCAUGUGAUAGAAUAUAA